CGAAAUACUAAUGUACUACAUAGAGAUGUUUAUAUUCCCCACCCCCCCCCAACUGACCCACUAUACUCUCCAGAAUCUCAGACCGACUUACUGAUCAUAUCACAAAGACCCUCAAGUUUGCCUCUAAGCCAAUUUUCUCCCUCAGUGGCAUCAUUCUCACACUUCCCUGGACAAC